AUGGCAACAAAAACCAUACAGCAUGGCACCACCAGGAACUUUCAGGAAUAUUUAGAGUGCAUAGUAGGGAGUGAAAUUUUAUUAAGACUAUAUGGACGGAAUAAAGACCAUAGGGAUAUUAUAGCAGAAGUGUCCGAUAAGUUAGGAAAAUCGAACACUUUAUUGGGAGAGCACCCUCAAAGUGGAUUGUGCGAGAAUAUAGAUUUCGGGAAGGUACUAUUUCAAUCAAAGAGCAUUGGAACAGGAAUAAGACAACGAUUAGAUAAGUUGAGCGACCAAUGGGUGGCCGGGAAAGCAACACAUGCGCGCGGAAGACCAAGAAAAUGUGGGUGGAAGAAUACAGAUGAAGAUGAUGACAACGGGAAUCCGAAGAGGGCAGCGGCGUGUAAUGAACAGCAAGACGUACUGCACAUGGACGAUGAGCUUAUGACGGAAAUAAAGUCCUGGGUAGCAAUUGGCUCCUUUGAACGCGUACAGCAGGUGUUAGAGGACAUGCAGAAACAAGAGGGAUCCAAGGAGAAAUGUGCAAUAGAGAAGGAGAUAAAGGAGAAGAUAGACGACAAGGUCAAGCAACUGAAGACAGUGGUGCAGGGCAGGCAUAAACCCUCUGCAACGGCGAAGACACCGGAAGGAUCAGGAGGGGCCAAGAGCAACACAAGGACGCCAUCACAGAGGGCACAGCAUCCUACACCUCCCGACGACCAACCCGGCGUGCAGGCCCGCGCCCACGCACCAAAGGUACCGACAGCAAAGGAUAAACCAGGCACACCGGCGGGAGCACCAUCACCAGGGAAAAAGGCAGAUGGACCAGAUGUGAAGACCUCGGAGAACGACAAGACGCGUGAUUCUGGAUCCCCCGGACUUUCGGGAACAGCGGCAGGCACAUCAGGGCCACCAAAGGUAGGGGACACUAAGAGCCCCAAAGCUGGAGGAUCCGAUGAUAAAGGCACAGGCGCCACACAACCAGGAGCAGGAUCGCAACCACAAGCACCUGCAUCUCCAGUAUUACCAGCAAGACCACCACCUCCUCCACCUGCACCACCAUCACGGGCAGCAUCAACAGAAAAUGCAGUAGGGACAGAGGGAGCAAAGGGGGAAACAGGACCAACAGAACCCAAGGCAGGAUCCGAAGCAGGACCGGCAGUACCAAACGGAGAAACUGGCGAAAAAAGUGCAAAAGGUGAGAAUUCAACAGUGCGUACACAACCAGAAACCACCAGUAGGGUACCUCAGGGGAAUGGUGAGGGGUGUCCAAAAGAAGUAGAGGAUGUGAACGUACUCCUUACUUGCCUCGAUAAUGCAGAAUCCAAGGAAACUAAAGGUGUGGAUACGCGCGACGACGCCGAUCAAUAUGUUUCCGGUACAUGGGUUCUCCCCGAAAGUACUAAGUCCACAGAAGUGUCUAUGGGCACAUCACCUGAAACUACGGGGACACCCAAAGAAUCGCAAGAACCACCGAAGGCCUCUAAUGCGCAGGACCCUGAUACGCAGCCUACAUCGAGUAAGGGACCUGAUGGUAACACGAAGUCCACUGCUCAGGGUGAACAGGGUGACCCCAAUAAAGACCAAGGGCAGCCGCAUGGUUCUCAAGAGGAAUCUAAGGAAAAGACCUCCACUGAAGUCCAGAAUCCGUCCAGUGAGUCCGGCGCAGCAGGUCCCACUGGUCCAAUUGGUCCAGCGGGUAAAGAUGGCGACCACGAUGCCGUGGUUCCCGGAGGAUCCAGUCAGACGGAUGACCCCCCUCCUCUCAAUCCACCCAAACCUAAACCGAAUCCGAACCCAGAUCAAUCGGGGAGCAGCCCCGGCGGCACCGGCGCGGGCGGUCUACCAGAUGGUGCUGGUGGUGGAGCAGGACGUGGAGGCGGGGGAGGAAGUGGAAGUUCCCCCAGUUCAACCACAAGCCGCGCUACUGCUUCUAAUGGAGACGAUAAGGAAAACAACGCUGCCGACAGUAAAAUGCAGGCUGAAAAUGUUGGAUUUGAAUUAGACCUUAAACCAUACAAAGGGGGCCUGGAUGGAUCAUAUGCACCACCAAGCCCAGAGGUUACAGCAUCUGAUAAACCAGUUACAAUUCCGGGGCGCUCGAAAGAUGAUGACGCUAUCUCCCCCAUCUUCACUGCAAAGGACAUCUUCCUUUCUUCCUCUGUUCUUAUCUUCGUUGCAUCCGUCACUUCCCUUAUCGUCCUCUAUUCCCUUUGGAAACGCACGAUCAUGGAGCUACAUUUAGAAGUGCUCAACGAAUGCGAAGCGGCCGCAUGGGAAAACGUCAAAGACGACUAUUUGCACAUUGUCGUGGCGGAGUUUGCACACGAGUUGAUGCGGUGCGGCAAGGGCUAUAGUAGUUCCCCGGAUACUGCUAUCCCAAACGACGGUUUACCAGGAAACAAUGUUCCAUCCACUGAGUCCGACGGAACGGACAAUUGUCCACCAAACGAAGAGGACCCCGAUCCUUGGAGUUGUAUGGAAACCAUGCAGUUAGAAACGGACCCUUGUGCACCUAACGAAGAGGACUCCGAUCCUUGGAGUUGUAUGCAAACCAUGCAGUUAGAAACGGACCCGUGUCCACCUGACGAAGAUGAUACCUGGAGUUGUAUGGAAUCCAUACAGUUAGAAACGCGCCCUGCUGCACCUAACGAAGAGCACCCCGAUCCAUGGAGUUGUCUGGAAAACAUACAGUUAGAUGCACCACAGAGUCGUGCCCCUACUGUUCCGGGGGACGAGACGUCGGAUUGCACCCACUGGAUUCCUUGGAUUGAACAACACAACCAUAUUAUGCGUGCGUGCACGACGCAGCCGUGGUUUUUGCAAUUGAAAUUGGAAUGGAAACAAUACCUGCGUGAUCACAUGGCGGCAGACGCAGCAUCCGGUGAGCACCGGGAAGCCGCAACCAUGGAAAGGAAGAAAUUGGAUGCAUGGAAAGAAUGGGUAGCGCAACAACAUCAGCAAAUGAGUAUGUAUGGCCAGGAGCAGGAGUGGUUCCAGCAUUGGUUGAAUAAUGUAGAGGAGGCGGCAGUAUCGCAAAAAGGCGAAAUACCUCGAGUAGAAAAACACUUAGAAGUGGAAAAAGUAAUGGCAGCAGAACAUAUGCUAAAAGUGGGACAUGUACCGCGCACGCAACCAAUCCAUGAGGAUUCCUACAAGAAGAAACAACUACUAGCCAAAUUAUGGAUGCCCACCCUAGCUUUGAUCAUAGAAUAG